UGAUGAUGAAGCCAGGCGGACGAGUCGAUCGACGACAGCCGCUGUUACCCAUCAGAGAUGAAAGCUCGGCUGACCGGGGGGCGGAAAACCACGAUGGAGCGGCGGCAACGACAGGCAGCGGCGUAGCUUUACCUGGAAACUGAGUCGCUUUUGAAAGCCCACCAGCUUGCCUACAGUAACAGAGGACGGAGGACAGGACGAUAUGCAGUCAUGAAGCGGGUUCGCACUGAGCAGAUCCAGUAUGCCGUGGCUCAGUACCUGAAGCGGAGGCAGUAUGUGGACACUGAUGGGUCCCUGAAGGGAGCCAAGCUCUUCCAAUCAGCCGAGGAGAUGGCUGCUAGCCUCACAGUGCAGACAGAGUCCGGGUGUGCCAACAUCGUCUCGGCUGCACCCUGCCAGUCUGACCCAGGACAGUAUGAGGCUCAGUACGCCAGGCUGCGCUCCUUUCUGUCAGAAACAGAAAUAUCCUGGGCAAAGGAGGUGAGCAGCAUUCUCUACCCGCUCUUCGUGUACCUCCACCUGGAUAUGGUGCACUGUGGCCUGAAGGGGGCAGUAGAUGGUUUUUACAGUCGUUUCCACGGUGCCUUUCUUCAGGACAGCGAGCAGCGUGCCACUAUAGAGCAGCUCCGCCAUGUCCUCACCGCUCAGGAUGUUGCAGCCAACCCCAAGCUGAGCGCUUUCCUGGAGCACAAGUACGUGGUUCACCUGACAGAGCCAGCCCACAGCUACCUGCUGCGUUACCUGCAGAGCGAAGACAACAGCGCCCUCUGCAGGGCUCUCAGCACACACCUGCAGGUGGAGGUCACUGCCUCGAGGCGCACAGACUACCAGCUGUACGGAGCUGCAGGUGGAGCGACCGCAGCCCCAAACUCCACCUCCUCCUGGGCGGGAGUGGAUGGGGCAGAGGGUGGGGAAGGGGUGGAGGUCCCUGCAGGCAUACCUCAGAGUGAGGCGGCCCUGGAGGCUCUGCAGGACUGCAUCAAGAAAGUCCGCGAGGGUCCCCCGACGCUCACCACCGUGUGUUUUUACGCCUUCCAUCACACGGAGCAGAUGUUGAACACUGCAGAGGUAUCGGCUGACAGCCGGCUGCUGUCUGCCGGCUUUGACAGCUCCACCGUGAAGCUGUGGAGCCUCCGGGCCAGAAAGCUGAAGGCCAAACCACAUCAGGCUGACGUGUCGCUUAUCCACCUGGCCUGCGACGUACUGGAGGAGGAAGUGGAUGAGGAAGAUGGCUCUGGCAGCGAGAUAAAGACUUUGCGAGGUCACAGCGGCCCAGUGUUUCGUACCGCUUUCCUGAUGGACAGCUCCGGCCUGCUCUCCUGCUCUGAGGACACAACCAUCCGCUACUGGGAUCUGGGUAGCUUCACCAACACGGCGCUCUACCAGGGCCAUGCCUACCCGGUGUGGGACGUGGACGUCAGCCCCUGCAGCCUUUACUUUGCCAGCGGCUCCCACGACCGCACGGCCCGCCUCUGGACUUUCUCUCGCACCUACCCACUGCGGGUCUAUGCUGGGCAUCUUUCAGACGUCGACUGUGUCAAAUUCCACCCAAACUCCAACUACCUGGCCACUGGAUCCACAGACAAGACUGUCCGGCUCUGGAGCACCCAGCAGGGGGCGUCUGUUCGCCUCUUCACAGGCCACCGUGGACCGGUGCUGUCACUCGCUUUCUCACCUAAUGGGAAGUAUCUGGCGUCCGCUGGCGAGGACCAGAGGGUGAAGCUAUGGGACUUGGCUACAGGGACGCUGUUCAAAGACCUGCGGGGGCACACAGACAGCGUCACCAGCCUGUCUUUCAGCCCUGACAGCAGCCUGGUGGCAUCGUCGUCUAUGGACAACUCAGUCCGGGUGUGGGACAUCCGGAAUUCCCACGGCGGGACGCCGGCUGACGGCUCGUCCAGCGAACUGGUGGGACUGUACACUGGAAACACCAGCAACGUACUGAACGUCCAGUUCAUGGCCUGCAACCUGCUGCUGGUGACAGGAACCGCACAAGAGAAAACAGAACAGUAGCGAUAGCAGUCUGUUUUUUGUGUUUUAUGUUUGGGAGAAAAGCUUGAAAAGUUUGAAGAUGCCUGUCAGCAGUCAGACUGUUGUGUUUUCUUCCCUGAGCCAAACACUGAGAGGUUCAUGGACACCAUCAUUAGUUAGAAAAGAAGCAAGGAUACAUAUCUUUUCAGGUAAUCCAUAAGUCUCAUCCUUCCAAAACUAGGUUUGAUAUUCAUUUAAAUGAUCACUCGUUCUUGGUGGUAUUUUCUAAUGACCAAAGUGUCUUCACUAGAUGUCAGUAUUAAAGAAUUCCUCACUUUCUCGUGUACCUGAUGAUUUAAAAGUCUGGUUCAGCCGUGGUGGUCAAAGUGUUUACUCUGCAGUCAUGCACAAGAUUUGUGACCUUUUUAAAAGCAGCGUAUAAAAAAACAGAUUGGCCCAGAGAGGAAAAUGUUGAAAUCCUGGACUGAGAAACACUGAAACCAAAAUGUUUGUUGCUGCAGAAUUGUAUUAUGGGAUAAACUGUUCCCUGGUGUACAGAAUAUCAGGAGUAAACCUGUUCGCGUCAGUCUGACACUUGGAGAAACGCUCAGCUGUUUUACCCAAAGUCAUUUUAAUCUCUGCGUUCAGGAUGUGAGACACUGGAAGCAAGGGGGAACUGCUAGCCCAGCUCCAUCAAAAACAAUGAAUAACAUACACCUCAACACAACUCUGAAACUAUCUUAUGUGUCUUGUUUUUGACCAGUCCAUCCUGUGUUCAAUUCUGUGUGGUUGACAGUAGAGUUGGCACAGAGCUCAAACCUUUUAUGAUGCUGCGUGAUGAGGAAACAGUCUUGUGUCUACAUUAUAGAUCUAACACUGUAAAAAGGUACAUGGAAAUAAGCGUGACAGACUUUUGAAGGCGUACCUCUUGCUUGAUUUAAAAGUAGCAGUUUCAAUCCUGCUUCCAAUGUUUACUGUGAGGAGCGUUAACAUGCUUUACUACCAAAAAAGAAGAAAGCAAUAUUUCAGAAUGUUAAAGUUGACAUACAAGUAAUCUCAGGAAAAAACGGCAUAAAAUCUGAAUAAAUAUGAAAUAAACAAAAUUAAAAAUGCGACCAGGAAUUUUAUGCUAGCGUUGACAGUGUUUGAUACUUUGUUGCCAGAUUAGCUGAUUGAUAAGUUCACUUAUUUUUGAUCUCAUCCAUAUCCAUAACCUCUCAGCGCUCUGUCUUCUAAAGUAAUUAAAAAAUCUUCUACCGUUGGCUCGCUAGCUCGAUCACCACAACGAUCAGUUUUCUCUGUGCUGCCUAAUCUAACCAGACGCUACCGUUUUCCUCUUUUCAAGCCAUGACAUCUAGCCCUCAAAUGUCUGGGGUUUAUGAGAAAUUGAGUUUGCUAAAGGCAUAAAACCCAUAAAUAUUGAAUCCGUAACAUUUUUCCAAAACCCUCCGUCCUUAUCUAAACAGACACAUGCUGUUAAGAAAUGUCAGUAUGAUUUCAGUGAGCGUUUUUUGCUUCUGAAACAGGACAGGAAGGUUCUGGUUUCACUUUGGCAAAGACCUAGUUCUGGGCUUUUCUCUCUACUGGAUGCACUGAGAUGAAAGUAAUUUAAUCUUCUGAUGUGACUUUGGGUAAAACAGCAAAGAAGCACAUUCCCAAAAUGUGGGACUUUUCCUUUAAAGUUCUCUUUGUGUUGUUCCUGCCUGACCCAAACUUCCUUUCACCUGCUCCACCCCUCUAGGAUUGAAAUAAUGUUCAUCAUGUGUGUGGGACAAAUUCACUUCUACAAGAAGGAAAAGAAAGGAAACUCAAGACAGUGUGUUUUGAAUUGAUGCUUAAGGACUUUAGAAACAUGGUCGAAUACAGGCGCUAACGAGUGACCAUGUGAACUUUAAAACCACAACAGGAAGUGGUUCUAUCUUCUCACAGUAGCAGUGAAUGCUUUGUCUCUGAGUCGGCCUGUUGUAGGUUUUGAAUAACAAAGUGUAAAUAUCCAUGCUGAGGAUUAAAGGCUGUAUAUUUUUCACACUAUUCUGCGAGUGGCAUGUACUGUGCAAUGCUUAAAAAGUGUAAAUAUACUGUAUUUUUGUAAUAUUUUGGCUACCAAGAGUUGCCAUCCAGGUUGUGCUUAAUAAGGGCUGAAAAAUAGAAGCUGAUUUGAUAUUUCUGUACUGGUUUCAUACAUUCAAAAUGUGGUUGAGGAUUUUUUUUUAGUUGUUUUGAAUAUUUCAUUCAGCCUGGAUGUCGUCCUUCUCUGUUUGUCAGUAAUCUUUUUUCCCUUCUGUAGCCCAAAACAAGGAAUAAAUAACAGAAUUUAUUUGAA